AUGGAUGAUCGCGAACGCGGUUCCUUCAUCGGCCUGCCCGACGAGCUGCUCCUCAUUGUCAUCGAGCACUGCGACACGCAAGAUGUUGCUGCCCUCAGCGGAGUGGCCAAACAGUACAGCAACAUCUGCAGACCCAUCAUCUUCCGAAAUGCUGAUUUCAGCAUACACAAUCGCGGCAAAGUCCUGUGUGUCUUUCCAAACAGUUACCAAAGCCUACCCAGCACAUGGUACGAGCCAUCUGAUAGCCUGCAAUGCAACAAUAUUCCGCCUAGCAUGCAGAAGAGGCAAGAAGCCUUCCUGUCGGCUUUGAUCAGGAACCCGAGCUUGGCAGAGUAUGUCCAAACUUUCUCAUGGACAUUACUGCUUCUCGACAGCAAUCGACAGACAGAUUUGAAAAUCGAUCCGUUCGCGAUCAACAAAAGCGUGGCAUUAGAUCCAAAGAGCCCUUUCAACGAGAUCUGGAAGGUCUUCGCGUCCCUGACCCGUGUCCAAACCCUCGAUCUGGCCUGGUUGUCCAGACAUCUUGCCAUGCCCCUCAUCCACAGCAUCCCGUCCACCCUGUUUCCCGCCGCGACCUCGGUCCGCCUGGUCGGGGUCAUGCCGUACGCUCUCGCCGCCUCGAUCCUGCUUACGAAUCGUCAGAAUCUGCUGCACCUACACCUCGACAACCUUCAACAAAGCGGGAUAAUACCUAGCACUCGUAUUGACAAGGAUCCUGAAAUGGAUGACCCUGAAGUGGAUGAUCCUGACAUGGAUGACGAGCCAUAUGAUACACACUACAAGGACAUGAGUAUCUUUGAAAUGUUCCACCUCGUAAUGACCGGCUCCCUCGACGAGGCGGACGAGACGGACGAAGAUCUCCCUGAGGUUCCCACGAAAAUGGUCCGUCGGAUCAAAACACGACCUGCAGAUUCCAUCUCCACUCCCAUCUCCAUCCCCAUCCCCAUCCCCAUCCCCAUCCCCAUCCCCAUCCCCAUCCCCAUCCCCAUCCCCAUCCCCAUCCCCAUCCCCAUCCCCAUCCCCAUCCCCAUCCCCAUCCCCAUCCCCAUCCCCAUCCCCAUCCCCAUCCCCAUCCCCAUCCCCAUCCCCAUCCCCAUCCCCAUCCCCAUCCCCAUCCCCAUCCCCAUCCCCAUCCCCAUCCCCAUCCCCAUCUCCACUCCCAUCUCCAUCCCCAUCCCCAUCCCCAUCCCCGUUCUCAUCCCAACGCACCGCCAAACGCGCCAGCCCUGGAACAACCUCGAUUCCUUCGGGAACGAAAGCGAGUACUUCGACGCGCCGGGCCCCAUGCAGAACCUCCUCGGCGCUCUGGCCGGAAAAUGCCCGUCCCUCACAUCGCUGCACCUGCGCAAAGUAGGCGCGCGGGACCAAUUCGACUUCAGCCCCGCCUGCUCCAGCAGAGAAAACGACAUCUACGCCGAAUGGGCCAUCUUCCUCGCCUCAGUGAAACCGACCCUGCAGUCCUUGACCAUUGAGCAAGGCGAGCGCCUGCUUCGCCGGGCCGACUGGGUACAGCCGCCCGUGCGGCCUAUGGAUGCGCUUUUCGGGGCUAGGAUUUUUCCGGUACUGGCGCGGGCGGGACGGUGGCCGGGGAUGAAGAAGGUGGUGGUUCGGGGUGUGCAAAUGUGGGAGGAGGAUGAUGGACAGGGAACCGGGGAGGGGGCGCUUGUCGAUGGGAGAGGAGAGUUGAGGAGUGCGUUUGGAUAUGGGGUGGAGGUUGUGAUGAAGAGGCGGGCGAGGGAAGCGGAUCAUUUGGGUAUGGGGUAUAGCUGA